AUGUGACUGCCAUGGUGCUGGUAAGGCCGUGCCUCCUUCUUUCUGUUUGACCACGUUCUGUGCGAGACGUAUAUGAUACAAAAUGAGCCUUAAUAUCUCAAAAAAACGAAAGUUCGUUGCCGACGGCAUCUUCAAGGCUGAAUUGAAUGAGUUCCUGACUCGUGAGCUCGCCGAGGAUGGUUACUCUGGUGUAGAGGUUCGCGUUACCCCUGCCCGCACUGAAAUCAUCAUCAUGGCCACCAAAACACAACAAGUGUUGGGUGAGAAGGGUCGUCGUAUUCGUGAACUGACCGCUAUGGUGCAGAAGCGUUUCAAUUUCGAGCCUGGUCGCAUCGAAUUGUACGCCGAAAAAGUGGCUACCCGUGGUUUGUGUGCUAUAGCGCAAGCUGAAUCUUUGCGUUAUAAGUUGACUGGAGGAUUGGCAGUGCGUCGUGCUUGCUAUGGUGUAUUGCGUUUCAUUAUGGAAUCGGGCGCCAAGGGCUGUGAAGUUGUUGUGUCCGGCAAAUUGCGUGGUCAACGUGCAAAGUCGAUGAAAUUCGUCGAUGGUCUGAUGAUUCACUCUGGUGAUCCAUGCAACGAUUACGUUGAAACCGCUACCCGUCACGUCUUGCUGCGUCAAGGUGUUUUGGGUAUUAAGGUGAAAAUCAUGUUGCCUUACGAUCCCAAGAACAAGAUCGGCCCCAAGAAGCCAUUGCCCGAUAAUGUGUCGGUUGUGGAGCCCAAGGAGGAGAAAAUCUAUGAGACCCCAGAGACAGAAUACAAAAUUCCACCACCCAAACCACUGGAUGAAUUGGCGGAGGUUCCAAAAGUUUUGUAAAUUUUUAAUUUAAAAAAUGCUUUUAUGAAAAAGUGAAGGUAGAAAAUCAAUAAAAAAUUAAAUAUGACGUCUUCAAGGAACAACAAAAAUUCCUAUGGAGAAUUUUUGUACAAAAUAAGUAAAAAUGCAUUUUGGUAUGUGGUAUUUUAGAGGACGAUGAAGGUAAAGUUAGAUCUAAUAUAUAUUAAAUUUAUACCUAACUUAAAAUUAAUUUUCGUAGUCAGGGAUACUUCAUCUGUAUUCUUAAAGCAAAAAAGCGAUAGUUUUGGAGUUGAUUACGAAUUCAUCAAUUUAGUUUGCCAAAUAUGAGGCACAAUCACAUAUAUCACCUUAGAAAAUUCAACGGCUAUAAGAAACAGUUUCAAGGUGCGAAAUAUAACUACAUAAUAACAUCUUUGUCAGAACAACAAAUUCACCCAACCAGCACUUCAUAAAGAAUUUUAUGAGUUGAAUGUAUUUUGUCCUGAUAACGUGUCUACUAGUUUUUGUUUUAGAAAUUUUGA